AUGAAAACGAAACCCGUUAAGCACAAAACAACCAACACCUUCCGGUUUAUUCCAUUUGCGGAGCGAAUAAAUUCUAUUGACAUUCGCCAUGCUGCAUUAUAUCAUAUUGAACAUGCAUACACCAGCCACCCAGAAGAAAAUGAAACUCACUUUUAUUUAGCCCUUCAGAAAUGGCAUGUGCUUAAUUUAACAGAAAAUUUUAAAAAGUUUAAGAAAGAAGUCUUUGGAGUCAUUACCAUUGCACAGUUGAUACACAAGAAAGAUGAAGUAUUGGAGAUAGUUGAAAGAUAUUUGAAGCUAGAAGACCAAUUAUGCUUACAACCAUUACUGGAGAUUUUAGUUUCAUUAGCAAAAGAUUUAAGAAAUGACUUUUAUCCUUACUUUCCAAAAUUUCUUGAUAUUCUUAUAAAAUUAUUGAACACAAAGGAUCCCGAGAGGUUAGAAUGGACGUUGGUGUGUUUGGCAUUUCUGUUCAAAAUCUUGAAGCCAUAUUUGAAAAAGGAUAUAGAGACUGUUCUUAAGAGGGUUGUUCCUCUGUUGAGUGACAGUCAUCCACAAUAUAUCAAUAACUUUGCUGCAGAGAGUUUUGCAUUUGUUGCAAGAGACAUAAGGGAUAAAAGCAAAUUUAUUCAUCACUUAUUAAAUUACUUGCUUACUAAUGAUCAAGCUAUUGUGGGCACUGGGCAUCUAAUAUUUGAAAUUUGUAAAGGAGUUUCAAGCCAAAUGUCUCAUCACCAUUUCACAUUGUUCGAUUGU